AUGAACCAAUCACUUACGGAGGAGCUGAAGCCUGAUUGAGUCUACUUCCCGACACUGGAAAGACCGAGGGGGGAAAUAGACAGGCGGCGCAUACACUGAUCCCAUCACCCUGUAAAAACCUGCAAAGAUCGCCCGUGAGAGACUGCUGCAACUACGCAAUAGGCCGUUGAUAUCGUUUUUAUUACUGGUCCAUUGGUUAGAGGGACACAGCGUCCAUAAUAUAAGGAAAUGGCAGGUAUUUUGUCAUGGUUUUGGAACGAAAGAUUUUGGCUCCCUCACAAUGUAACCUGGGCUGACUUAAAAAACACAGAUGAGGCAACCUUCCCGCAAGCCGAGGAUUUGUAUCUGGCUUGUCCUUUAGCCUUCUGCAUCUUUAUGAUUCGGCUGGUUUUUGAAAGGUUUAUUGCCAGACCUUGUGCCUUGGGCCUGAAGAUACAAGCCAAUGGACCCCAGAAAGCCCAGCCCAAUGCCAUUUUGGAGAAGGUUUUCACUGCUAUCACCAAGCAUCCAGAUGAGAAGAGGUUGGAGGGCCUUUCAAAACAGCUGGACUGGGACGUACGGACCAUCCAGCGCUGGUUCAGACAGCGUCGGAACCAGGAGAAGCCCAGCACAUUGGCUCGCUUCUGUGAGAGCAUGUGGAGAUUUACAUUUUACCUUUAUAUAUUUACCUACGGAGUGCGUUUCCUUAAGAAGACACCAUGGCUAUGGAACACUAGGGAGUGCUGGUACAACUACCCAUACCAGCCACUGACAGUGGACAUACACUACUACUACAUAUUGGAGCUGUCUUUCUACCUGUCCCUGCUCUUCUCCCAGUUCACAGAUAUCAGGAGGAAGGACUUCCCCAUCAUGUUCCUGCACCACCUGGCGACAAUCUCCCUCAUUACCUUCUCCUACGUCAACAACAUGGCCCGGGUGGGCACGCUCGUCCUGUGUCUUCACGACGCCUCCGACAUCCUGAUGGAGGCUGCCAAAAUGGCCAAUUAUGCCAAGUGUCAGAGACUUUGCAACCUUCUGUUUGUCAUGUUUGCAAUGGUUUUCAUCAGCUCCAGAUUGGGUCUCCUUCCUGUCUGGAUUUUAAACACUACCUUGUUUGAGAGCUGGGAGAUUAUGGGGCCAUACCCCUCUUGGUGGGUGUUCAACCUGCUGCUGAUCCUGCUUCAGAUUCUGCACUCCUUCUGGUCUUACCUCAUAGUGAAGAUAGCCUGUCGAGCCAUCUCCAGAGGAAAGGCGGGGAAGUGGAAUCCUUUACAUGUGUCCAAAGACGACCGCAGUGAUAUUGAGUCCAGCUCUGAUGAGGAAGACAGCCCUCUGCCAGCCCCGGUUCAGAAACAUCACAACAGCACCACGAACGGGACCAAUAAAGCCCACGGGACCAAUGGGUACCUGACAGCAGGGGCCCCAUGUCCAGACCAACACUGACUGGCGCUACGAGACAUUACGAGCACUAAAGCCAAGCUGCAGACACCAUACGUAGAUACUAUACGAGUGCGUGUGCCACAUGAACAACAUUGCCUGUCUGGUACUGGAAGUUCUCAAUAGAAAUCUGUGAAUGCAGUUCAGUUUUCACUUUGAUUCUUUCAUGUUUCCUCUCUCAUUUUAUCUUUCUCUAUAUUUGCAUCAAAAUGCACUCAAUGGAAUAUCAAGACACUGCAGUCGGUACAGCAACUCGCUCUUUUUAUCCAAUGAAUGGAAGCGUUCCACUUUUCAUGGUGAAAGCAUGCUAUUUAAACAGUCUGGAGUACUGGGGGAGGUAAUUAUGUUGCUGUCUUUUUAUGUUAUUUAUUUUUUAUCAGUAUAUGUUUGCCAAUUAUGUCUCAAGUACUUUGUCACUCUUAGGAUUGGGUAAUUAUGAACCAACACACGUUGCUGUUCAGUCUCCAUAUUCCACGAACUGGUAGACACAUUACCGUAUGAGCCGUCAUUAGCAAAAUGCUAAACAACUGGAUUUGCUUUCAAGGCUUCAACCCACUACACUUGUUCAAACAGUGAUUGCAUUUGUUUUGCCCACAAAUUAAUAGUAAUGUGGUCUCAUAACACAGCAUUAUUAUGGCAAAUAAAACACACAUUAUCCAUCCAUAAACUGUAAAUGAGAUCUCCGUAACAGUAUUCUGUAUGAGACAAAAACAAGGCCAUGCUAUUUCAACAAGUAUUCUUUAAUAUUUCUGGUAAGUAUUUGAUGGACAAGAGUGGAGAGCACUCAACCGACGUGAGUUGACGCGCAGCCAAAACAUUUGAUAAUCAUUGAAGAGGCGCAAUGUUAGCUCACCAUUUAAAAGUCAUUACUUUAUUUGUGUAAUUAUUAAGGAAGGCCAAAGCUUUUAGUUUUUAAUUGUUUAAAAAGUAAUGAGUUGUAAUGGCCGAGCAAGCACCGUUUCCUUUUACAAUGCAAAGUAUUUCUUUAAAUGGUAAUGUCCCUCUUGGAAGACAUUAUGGUACUAAGAGACUCAAUUAAAACCCAUGACAAUAUUAAAGAUUGCAAGUAAGAAA